AUGCCUAGCAAAGGAGUCCAGGCGUACACAUAUAUCGCCGCCCCAGGCUGCUCGAUCGAGCUGUCGGUGCCAGGCCAGACGGUCGUCCGCAACGAGCUCCGCCAGUUCUGGAAUGGCGACCUCGAGGUCGAGUCCGGCAAGAUCCACGGCCUGUUCAACGAGAAGGGCAAGUUCACCUUCAAGGUCCUCCACAACGGCAAAGUCAUCACGGAGCAGUGGAUCGAAGUCAAUGCCCUCACAGGCAACGCCUCGGGCGGUACCAUGGACACCAUCGCCAAGACGCAGUCCGUCCUGCACAAGAACCCGGACGUGAUCGUCUCUUACGGCUUCUACGAGUCGGGACAGGGCUAUGGGCUCCUCCCUGGCCGCCAUCAGUGCUACAUCACCGUCACGCCCGACUUCUCAGGCUGGAUGGGCAGCGCCGCGCCGCCAGGAUCGCCACAAAAGGACCAGCCCUUUCGCCGCUUCGUCCUGCCCGCCGCGCACGACGUCGGCAUGAACAGCAUGCAGAACUGCGACGUCAUCAUCAAGCACGCUGGCGGCGCUGUGGUGCGCACCCUGCUCGCCAACGACAAGACGUUUGCCCGUGUCUUGUCUGAGGUUACCGAUAAGGUCUCAGGCCCUGCCGUCGCCGCAUUGGCCCCGGAUAUCGUGUCCAGCCUUGCCAUCACGCAGAAGGACCCGCUACAGUCUAUGCUGGCGCUGGGUGCGAGAUAUUUCGAGUUCAGGCCUGCCUUUACGCACAAGGAGGUCAGGCAGUAUCUGCCUGACAAGCUUUACUUUCAGCAUAGUGCCAUUCCUGGCAUGGCGUACGAUGACUUCUUGAAUGGGGUCGUGCAGUUCCUUAUGGACAACCCCACAGAAAUUGUUGUGGUUCAGCUGCGUUGGGAUGGUGUCCCUGCUGCCUGUGAACACCCCUCAGAGCAGCAGCUCGGGGACUACCUCCAGGCUGCCCUGCGCCGUGGGGAUGGCAACCCGCACAAGAUCACCACAGGCAACUUGGACGACCUCAGGAACAGGACCAUCGGCGAUAUACGGCACGACGGCAAGCGACUGAUCAUGCUCAACAGCAUCGACUCCAUCUCGACUUACACGGAUGCCGGCAACGCCACGCUCAACGGCGACAGCAUCGUGGCCGGCUUCGGGCAGGUCCUGCACCCAGACUGCUGCGGCGGGCGCGGGUUCAUUAACAUCCAGUGCCAGGCCACGGCAACGAAUAUUCCAAAGGCUGUGGCAUACAGUGUGCUUGAGGCUGGGUCUACGAGCAGCUGUUUGCUGGCCACGAAGCCUACUUGUGAUUCCAAAACGCUGCCGUGGGUGAGGGACAAUUUGCUGCGGGCUUGUGGCCGUAAUGAUCUUGUGGUGGUCAUGAAUGAUUUUAUUGAUGGGGCUACGGCUGAUGUGGCAGUGGAGCUGAGCCGUCAGAGGUUGAAUUGAUUUACUACCGUCAAGUGUUUUAGCCCAGAUGGGAAAUGAUGUUGCGAUUGAGAUUGUCUGUUUGCCAUAAGUCUAGUCAUCUGGUUUUGGAAAUGUGCUCUCAUAGUUGUCUCUCUAGAAGAACAACUCGACAAACUGCUGCAACAAUUAACCACAAUCAAAGCAAUCCAGGUUG